AUGGGGGCUCUUCAUUGGAUAGGUUAUAUCAACAACAGGGAAGUUAUGUGUCAAAACAACAGGGAAGUUAUUUCCGCAGUUAUAGUCUCUUUUGAUGUCAGUAACGAGAGAUUUGUGGAUUUCUUAUUCCCAGAGGAAGUACAAAUACCUGAUCAGGUACUUUGGCUACAUCAGUGUGUUGCCGGUGUAUUGGGGAAUUGCCUUUGUUUAAGUAAUUAUUAUAAUUCUAAGCGCAUUGACAUAUGGAUAAUGCAAGAUUAUGGAGUGAGAGAAUCUUGGUCUAAGCGAUACAGUUUUCGCACGACAGACGUACUUGUUUUUGAGGACUGGAAACUGCUAUGGUCUUUUACAAACGGUGAGCUUCUGAUCGAUACUGGCGUAAGCAAACUGGUACAUGACCCCAAGAGUGAUAGGUCCAGAGUCUUGAAAAUCGACGGUAUCGAUGACAGCGAAAUGGAAUUUAGCGUGCCGCUGAAUUAUGUAGAGAGCUUAAUUUCACCUGACACGGUUGGUAUUAAAUAUUGA